GUCUGAGGUAAGUGUGAGGACGGAGGUGUUUUUCAGAAAAGAAAAAAAGGAAGAAAAAAAGAAUUAAAACGUUGAUUGUUGUUGUUUUAUAAACUUUACCCCCCAUUUAUUCACUUUGGACUUCAAUCCUGGCGAAUGUGAAGCAUUUUGGUGUAUUUUCGCAUAAUUUAUUUUGGUUACUUUAUUUUCUAUAUUUUUUCUAAUCGGAUUUUGUCCCUUUCCUUUGUUGCAGGUCUGAAACGGUCUCAGUGAAGAUCUGACGUCGAGGAUUUUUCAACUGUGUUUGAAGACCAAAACCCCAAAAACAUGUUUUUUCUACUCGAGUAACGGACAUUUGCUUCCUACGUUUUUUCUGCUCCAGAUUGUGCAAGAAGGAAAUGCUAGAUUCUAGCCACCACAAUCCCGCCCAUUAAGCCAUUUUUCAGCCAUAAAGAUAUAAAGACAUGACAGUUUAGGCUGUCUUAAACUGGUCUGAAAAUUGUUGCUGUUUAAGCACAAUAUAUUAUAGGUACCCGAGACGCAGAGGAGAGUUAUAAAUAUAGCCUAUAAUGGCGGUAGGCCCAGUGGACCCCAGGGAGGUGCUGAAAGGAGUGGAGGCUCUGCUUGGGAAGGACGGAGAACUCAGGAGCCUAGAGGGUGUUGCCAAAGUCUUCAGUCUAAUGAAGGCCUCACAUAAAAUGGUCAGCAGGUGCAUGUAUCUGAACAUCUUACUGCAGACCAAGUCUCACGACAUUCUUAACCGAUUUAUCCGUGUGGGUGGCUACAAGCUGCUGAACUCUUGGCUCACAUACUCAAAGACCACCAGUAACACCCCUCUGCUGCAGCUUAUUUUGCUUACACUGCAGAAACUGCCCCUUACUGUGGACCAUCUUAAACAGAACAACACAGCAAAGUUGGUUAAGCAUCUAAGCAAGAGUGGAGAGACAGAAGAGUUACGGAAGCUUGCUUCAGUACUUGUGGACGGUUGGAUGGCCAUUAUCCGUUCUCAGAGCGUUUCCAGUGGCGUUUCACCAAACGACAAGAAACGGAAGAAAGAAGACAGUAAAGUGCGUCCUGAGGUGAAGGCUGGGGAGAAAGGGUCAGAUGAGGAGAAGAAGAGAGAAAAACCAAAAGCUCAUGCUCCCAGCCAUGCCAAGAUUCGCUCCACAGGUUUAGAGGUGGAGACCCCAACACCAAUCCCUCCUAAAAAGCCACCUGCUGUCCCUCAACUUGGUGAUAAAUAUAACAUCAAACCAGCAGUUCUCAAAAGGCCUAGUUCCUCCCUGUCUGAUGCUCCCCCUGUGGAAAAGAAGUACAAGCCUCUUAACACCACUCCCAACUCUGCCAAAGAGAUUAAAGUCAAGCUCAUACCUCCACAGCCAAUGGAGAGCCCUGGCUUUCUGGAUGCCCUUAAUUCUGCUCCAGUGCCUGGAAUUAAAAUCAAGAAGAAGAAGCCUAAAGCAGCAUCUCCUACAUCAAAUAAGCCAUGUCCAUUUGACAGCAAGCCCCAGACAUACACCGGCGCACAGGCAAAGCCUUCUUCCCCUGAGGCUCCUGCAUCACAGACUCCUCCCCAUGAGCCCCAAGACAUGGAACAGCCAGGGACGCCUGUCCCCACGGAAGAACCAGAGGCUAUGGAUACUGGUGAUAAGCCCAAUGCUCUUUCAGAGCCACGUGGAGAGGAAGAGAGUCUGACGAAGAAAGGAAAGAAAAAGAAGAGUGUUCGCUGGGCAGAAGAAGAGCAGCUCAAAGAAUACUUCUACUUUGACCUGGAUGAGACUGAAAGAGUGAAUGUUAAUAAGAUUAAGGACUUUGGUGAGGCGGCUAAGCGGGAGCUGAUGAUGGACAGGCAGACGUUUGAGAUGGCACGUCGUCUCUCACAUGACACCAUGGAGGAGAGAGUGCCCUGGACACCCCCGCGACCUCUCACACUGUCAGGUAGCCUGGUCAUUCCAGGGGCCAACAGCAGUGAGAAACUGACCCAGAGAGACAGAGAGAUGGGCAUUCUACAGGAAAUCUUCCUCAGCAAGGAGAGUGUCCCAGACAGCCCCCACGAGCCAGACCCAGAGCCUUACGAGCCAAUGCCACCACGUCUCAUUCCCCUUGACGAGGAUUGCACUAUGAUGGAUGACAGUUACAUGGAGCCUGCUGACAGUACAGCUGCAGCGUGCACUACCACUGCUCCCCAGGAGGGAUCCAAGCUUCCCCCUGUGCUGGCUAACCUAAUGGGUAGCCUUGGCAACAGUAGUCGCAGUCCCCAAACACAGGGCAACGCACCCCCUCCCAGCAACCCAGCAGUGAAUGUCCAGGAACUUCUCAGCUCCAUCAUGGGUGCGCAGGGUUCUAACCAGUCAGCAGAGGACUUGAUAAAGCAGCCUGAUUUCUCUGACAAAAUCAAGCAGCUCUUGGGCUCAUUACAGCAGAACCAGAAUCAGAACCAGAACCAAAACCAACCAGCCAAUGCACCACAGAUGAACGCGGGUUUGCUUGGCCAUGGUCCAGGCAUGAAUAUGAACAACAUGAACAUGCAGAUGCCCGUGAAUGGGGGUUACCCCCCAAACAAGCCCCCUGGUGGACCUCACUACAACCACCCACCUCCUCCCCAUGGCCACGGACCCCCUUUCAACUCUGGAGGUGGCCCUCGCAUGAUGGGCCCUCCACCUGGUCCACAGGGCCGCGGAGGAGACAAUGGCAAUUACUGGGGCGAUGACUCCAUGAGGGGAGGGCCACACCGAGGAGGCCACUUCCACCGGGGACGAGGAAGAGGAGGAGACCAGGGCUUCAGAGGACGUGGGGGCCGAGGGGGACCCAGAGGGGGACACAAUAACAUGGGUGACAUGUCGAAAAGACCUGUGUGUCGCCAUUUCAUGAUGAAGGGGAGCUGCAGAUAUGAAAACAACUGUGCGUUCUACCACCCAGGCGUGAACGGUCCCCCGCUACACCCUCAACAUGGGCAUUAAUUUGAAAGUCAUAAAACUCUGAAAGACUUCAUACAUGUACACUUAUUGUGAACCUGCCUCUCCAUCUCCGAAUAAGGCUGUAAGACUCAAAAUGAGCCUCACCUGAUUUAGAACAAGAGGACAGAAAAGGAGGGAUGCUUUAUUUAGGCCAUUUAUUUCUCCUCAGUGUUUACAGCUGCCUAAUCUGCAAUGAAGACACAUUACAAGUCCAGCCCUGAACCCAUUUUACUCACCUUAUCUUUAUGGAAAGUAAAGCUAAGACUGGUUCAACAGAACUAAGUGUUCAACUGAGAAACACUCAAGCCUGUGGUAACUCUGUGGUGUCAGUGGAGGACAUUUACACUGACACACGCAGGAUCCUCCUGUGUAAAUAGAGACUUGGUGUUGGCGUGAUCACUCGUGUAGAUAAUAUAUAUUUUUGUGAUCGCAUAUGCUACAGUGACUUAAGACUGCUGAAGAUUGUGCCCACCCCGUUCACUUCCUGUGACCACUAUGUUCGCUUAUUUUGUUUUUGUUCGUUCCAGUGGUACUGUUUUCUUUUGAAUUUUGAAUUUGGUUUGGCACUACAGAACCUCAGACAUAUGUUGCCAUAUGAUCUCAACUGUAAGAUGUGUGAUUCAUAUUUUUCUUUCUUUUUAUAUAUAUAUUUUUCUUUACCCUUGACUUGAGAAGCACCUUACUGUGUUUUGUGGUGUACAGUCCUCCACAUUUUUUUAUUUCAAACCCAGUUGGCCAGGCAGGUGCAUCCUCACAUGCCUGGCCGAUAUGAACUAGACUCAGGCUGCCUGCCUGCCUGCCUGUGUGUGUGGUAUUGGCAGGAAAUUUCCCAUGCUGUAUGAAACAGGUGUGUGCAAAGAGCACGCGAUGAACUGUGUAGGUUACACUGUACCUGCCAGUGUCAUUACCAAGGUGUUUAUUAUUUCACUGAACUCAGAUGCAGAAUUAUGGGAAGCACAUCAGUUUUUUUCCCCCACAAGAUUUUAAAACACUGUUGAAUAAUUUGGCUGAGCCUCAUGAACCAAAAUUAUUUAAAAAAUAGCUACUAAUAGUGUGACAAUCAGGAUGUUUAAUUUUGUUUCCACACUUGUUUCCAUGCUAUCAUUUCAUUCAGCGUAUAUGUAUGUAUGUGUAUGUGAGCAUGUAUAUCCAUGCAGUCACAUUCUCAGCUGUGAAGCACGACUGAAGUCCAGCUGUGACUCAUUUGGGCCACAGCUAUGUCGUGUCUUUGUCCAUCAGUGUUCGACUGAGCCUUGCCUGGGCUUGGAACCACUCUCUGGGCCAACAUUAUUCGAAGUGUUUUCUGUGAAAACAGUGGCCUUUGUGUCUCUUGUGGGACUACUUUUUUUUCUGUUUGGUUCAUUUUUUCUUAUGUUUUUAUUUUCAUAGACGUCUGAUAAUGAUUAUUUUUUCUUAUUUUUCUUAACCUCUAUCUGAAUGAGGUUAAUUUGUGUUAGAAAGGUUUGUGUCUAUGAGUCAGAGUACAGGGCAUAAACACACAUUUAUAAACAUACACAAAUAUCUGUA